GUGACCAAGCGGAAUCUUUUUUUUUUUUUCCAAGCUUUAUUGUCACGGCAUUUUAAUAGUCUACUGUAGAAGACAAAGUCAACCAAAGUCUUCGGUCAGUAUAAAACAAAACCAGCAACAUCGAUCACAAACGAAAAAUGAAAGAAAUUGCUAGCCGUUGAUGAAGAAGAGUUUAGCUAUUCCAUGCAAGUACUCGAUCUAUAAAUUCAGACGAUAGUUGUUUGUAAAACCCGCACAAAAGGAGUUGCAUGUGAGAACCUUAAAUGGGAGAAAAAAACAUGCUUCUUCAUUUCAUCCUUUUUCUUUUUAUCUUUCCUCUUAUUAUGGCCAUGGAAAUCUUUCCAGGUGCUACCACAAACAACACAGCCAAACCAGGCUGUCCAACCGAGUGUGGGAAUGUUACAGUUCCUUUCCCUUUCGGUAUUGGCACAGAUUGUUCCCUAAGCCACUCAUUUUACCUUACCUGCAACACUUCUUACGAACCCCCAAAGUUGUUUCUUCAAGAUGGCAACCUCCAAGUAUACAACAUUUCAGAUACAGAGUUGCGCAUCUUAACAAGAAUUUCUUACAGAUGCUACAACCAAAGUGGGGUUGCAUUUGAACACAUAGGAUGGUCUAACUUAGCAGGGUUAUACACUUUCUCAGCAAAGAAUAAGUUCACAGUCGUUGGUUGUGACGAUUAUUCUUUGAUUAGAGGAACAAAUGGAGGUGACUUUUCUAGUGGCUGUUUUGGACUAUGUAGCAAAGCACGUGAUGUGCCUCAUGGGGAAUGCUCCGGAAUAGGCUGUUGUCAGACAUCUAUACCCAAGGGUCUCUCUUAUUACAAUAUAACACUUGGCGCCUUACAAAAUCACUCAAAUGUUUUGUCCUUCAAUGAAUGUGGCUAUGGCUUUCUUGUUGAGGAAGGCAGUUUUGAGUUUGGUGGUGUCAAUGACUUAUCCACUGAUUACUGGGGAUUUGCAGAGAGGAUAAGGUCCACUAUGCCAGUUGUGCUUGAUUGGGUAAUCAGACCCAAUGGAACCUGUGCCAAUGAGGUUGACGAAUGCAAAGGAAACAGUUCAUGCUAUGAUGUAGAAGGUGGUGGGUAUCGUUGUAAAUGCAAUGAAGGUUACGAUGGUAACCCCUAUCUUCAUCCAGGCUGUCAAGACAUCGACGAGUGUGACAAUGGAGACAACCCAUGUUAUGGUGUUUGCAUUAAUACCGUAGGGAGUUACAAUUGUACGUGCCACCCGGGAUCCGAUGGUGAUGCAAAUGUACUAAAUGGUUGUAAAGAAGUUGCUAAAGAUUCAAAAAACGCAUCAACCACAGUCGUUAUAGUAAUCAUAGUAAUCAUAUCUGGCAUGUUGGCGAUUAUCUCUGGAAUAGCAGGAAUUUUCUUUGGUAUAAGGAGGAGAAAGCUAAUCAGGUUAAAGGAAAAGUUCUUUGAGCAAAAUGGGGGUGUGUUAUUGAAACAAAAGAUCAAAUCACAAGGUACUCAUGAGGCAAUGACUUUGUUUAGCACUGAGCAACUUAGAAAAGCAACCGAUAAUUAUGCUCAAGAGAACAUUGUCGGUAAAGGUGCGUAUGGUGUAGUGUACAAGGGAGUUUUGUCGGAUAAACGUGUAGUCGCAAUAAAGAAGUCUAAACUAGUGGAUGCGACCCAAGCAGAGCAGUUCAUCAAUGAAGUCAUGAUCCUUACACAAGUUAUUCAUCGAAAUGUAGUAAAGCUUUUGGGUUGUUGCUUGGAAGAGGAAGUCCCGAUACUAGUUUAUGAGUUUAUCUCCAAUAACACUCUUUUCCAUCACAUUCAUCAUAGAUUAGGUGGAAUGAAUUGGUUAUCUUGGGAGAAUCGGUUGAGGGUAGCCACCGAAGCUGCAAGUGCACUUGGGUACCUUCAUUCAGAAAUUACUAUGCCAAUCAUACACAGAGAUGUCAAGUCUACCAACAUACUAUUAGAUGAGAACUACACAGCAAAAAUUUCAGAUUUUGGUGCAUCAAGGUUGGUCCCAGUAGAUCACGACCAAGUAACUACUCUUAUUCAAGGAACGUUAGGGUAUUUGGAUCCCGAAUACUUCAAUUCAAGCCAACUAACUGAGAAAAGUGAUGUAUACAGCUUUGGAGUGGUCCUUGCAGAACUGAUAACCGGGAAAAAACCAAUUGGUUCAGAUAGAACCAAUGAAGAGAAGAUCCUAGCUACGUAUUUUGUGAAUUCAGUUAGAGCAAACCGCUUAUUUGAAAUUGUUGAACCUAGACUUUUACGUGAAGCAACUUUUGAGCAGUUGCAAGCAAUGGGUAAUAUAGUAAAGAGAUGUCUUAGUUUAGUAAGUUGUGAUAGACCUACAAUGAAAGAGGUUGCAGUGGAGCUUGAUGCCUUGAGGAAGUUCACAACUCAUCCUUGGGCUCAACAACAAACCUGUAGUGAGACUAGAAGUUUAGUCCUAGAAGUUGAGCAACCUGAUCUUUAUGACGUCCCAUUAAUUAAUGAUACUAAUGAAUGGGAACCAUAUUCUGGUAUUACAGAAAUGGCGCUUAAAGAAAACAAUCCACGUUAGCUUUGUUGGUGCUUUCUAUACCAUCAAUUGUGUGUGCAUCAUCACAAUGGACCAAUGGUUACACUUGUUUUUUAUGUUUUCUAUGAUGUUGUCAUUUUGUUUAAGUUAUUGUGUUUGGUGUUAUGUAAUGAACUCGCCGGUGAGAGUUUUAGCUUACUUGGAGGUGAAGAUAAGUAAUGCAAAUAUGGGCCAUAUGGCAUGACUUCCUUGUAAUAGUGUUAAAGAUCAAUAAAUGGGGUUUUUUUUUUGAA